GUCAAUAAUUUGCAAUUCAAGCAUGUGAAUGUUGAUGUGAAAUGUGAAUUGUGAUGUGACUUAGUGAGUUUGUCGGCUUGUAACUAAAGAGACCCAGUGAAGUACUGCUGUUCCAUUAUGUUUCAGCCGUCUUCUGUUUACCUUACCUUUUUCUGUGCAUGCUUAGGCAUAUCAAAGUCACUUUAUUUUGAAGACAGAUUGAUUCAAUUAAUAGAGUCUCUGGAGGCCACACAAACUGUAUAUUAGGAAAUUCUAGAUGACAGAUGAACUAUUGGCGAAGGAAUAUUACGCAUCAUUCUUCUUGUAAAUACCUUAAACAUCUCAGAAUUUGAGUAUUACCUCUCUACUCUAUGUUAUAGAAGUUUCCACUGUGAGGUAAACAAUGACAAUACCUCUUGAAAAACUGGAUGCAGUUCUUCAAAACACUCUCAUAAAAGCUAAUCUAACCUCAGCUCAUAAAAUAAUUCAGCUGAGUGAAUCCAGUAUACGACAAGAAGGAAACAUAACGAAGGAAGAUGCAAAAUUAAUCCUAGAACUAGCAGCUGAAACACUCUUACCUCAGGAAAACUUAUCAGCCGUGCGAAUGCGACUGAAGCAGAAUACAACUUUAUCCACCGGCUGUGAUCAGAUAGACUUAAUUUUGAAUGGAGGAAUUCCUCUGCAAGGUAUCACAGAACUCUCAGGAGAAAGCAGUUGCGGAAAAACUCAGCUAUGCUUGCAAUUGUGCCUUACUGUACAGUAUCCCACAUCAGUUGGUGGACUCAAUAAAGGAGCAGUAUUCAUAAGUACAGAAGACAAUUUUCCAUCAAAAAGACUGCAGCAAUUAAUUCAGAACUUCCCUUUAGAAUUUUCCAAAUCUGUCGUGAGUCAAUUAGAAGAAAAUCAUAAUUUCGGCUCAAAAAUAUUUAUUGAGCACAUAGGAGAUACAGAUGGUCUCAAAAGGUGCCUGUAUGGUCAGUUACCACGGCUAUUAUCAACUCAAGAUAUUGGCCUACUCAUUAUUGACAGCAUUGCAGGUGUGUUUCGAGCAGAUUACGAUUUGAAAGAUGGCCUAAGACGUGCUAGAGAUAUGAGAUCUGUUGCAAGUCAGCUACAAAAAAUCGCUCAUGACCAUUCUAUUGUUAUUCUUUGUGUAAAUCAGGUAACUGCAUCUUUAAAACAGAGUGGCUUGUCUUCUAAACCAAUUCCAGCAUUGGGUCUAGUCUGGGCAAAUCUAGUCACAACAAGAAUAUUUAUGUCUCGAAGUACAAUUGGAAACUUUAGAACUCUAGAAGUCCUGUUCGCUCCACAUCUACCUAAAAAAUCCUGUCAGUUCACAAUUGGUAAUGCUGGCAUCAGCUGUUUAGAUUAGUAUCAUUAUCAUGUUUGGGUCACCUCAUGUAAAUCAGACCGAAAA